GGGCCAGCUGGCGCAGGCGAGGCCCGGCCGGACAAAGGAGCGUUGGCCAUGUCGGAGCGCCAGGUGCCCUUCACCUUCCUCCGCAGCCCCAGCUGGGAGCCCUUCCGGGACUGGUACCGAGGCGGCCGCCUCUUCGACCAGGCCUUCGGGAUGCCCAUGGUCCCCGAUGACUGGUAUAGGUGGCCCGCCAGCAGCAGCAGCGGAUGGCCGGGCUACGUCCGCCCCAUGAUCCAGAGCCCAGAGCCGGCCACUCCGGCCAGCGCUGGCCCUCCGGGGGCCCAUCCGGCCUACAGCCGGGCCCUCAGCCGGCAGCUCAGCAGCGGCGUCUCCGAGAUCUGGCAGACCCCCGAAGGGUGGAAGGUGGCCCUCGACGUCAACCACUUCGCCCCCGAAGAACUCCUGGUCAAGACCAAGGACGGCGUGGUGGAGAUCACCGGCAAACACGAAGAACGACAAGAUGAGCAUGGAUUUAUUUCCAGGUGUUUCACCAGAAAAUACACGCUCCCCCCGGGCGUGGACCCCUCUGCGGUCCGCUCCUCCCUGUCCCCGGAGGGCCUUCUGACGGUGGAGGCGCCGCUGCCCAAGCCGGCCUUGCAGUCUGCGGAGAUCAAGAUCCCGGUCACCUUCGAGGCCCACGCCCAGAUCCCCAGGCCAGAGGUCAAGAAGCCCGAGGAAGGGGCCGCCAAAUGAGCCCCAAACAUCUCGCUUCUCCCUUUUUUCUAAAACUGAGAUUUGAUGCGCAUCAAUAAAUUCCUUCCAAACCUG